UCGGCGCUCAGACGGGGACGGACGCUCGGGCUGCGCGGGCUCUGGGCAGCAGCAGCAGCAGCAUCCUCUCUUUCUUUUCCUCCCUUCCGUUUCUUUCUCUUCCUUCUCCUUCUCUCCCCUCCUCCCCACCCCUUCUUCCCUCAGCCCGUCUUCCCCUCUCCGAGCAGCAGCUCUUUGAUCCGUGAGCUGGGCAGCUGCGACGGCGGGCGCAUCCCGGUUCUGCGCCCAGAUUUUAUUGAUCUGAUUCAAAAUAUCUUGUGACUUCUGACUGGAAUUAAGAUUCUUCAGCUUGUUGUUUCUAAUCGAGGGAGCAUUGAUUGGGAACUACUCAUUCAGAAAAUUAAAAGAAAGAAGCUAGAACGUAUUAUCAACCCUUUGAGAACACAACAUAACGAAGUUUACUUAUUUUACCACUUGCAUAAAUAGGAAAACUUACAAAGCAUUGAAGAAUGGCCGAUGAACGGAAAGAUGAAGCAAAGGCACCUCACUGGGCCUCCGCUCAACUAACAGAGGCCUCAGCACAUCCACAUCAACCUGAGAUUAAGGAUCAAGGUGGGGCAGGGGAAGAAUUUGUCCGAAGUGCCAAUGGAUUCCCAUAUAGGGAGGAUGAAGACGGCGCCUUUGGGGAACAUGGGUCACAGGGCACCUAUUCAAAUGCCAAAGAGAAUGGGAUCAACGGAGAGCUGACCUCAGCAGACAGAGAAACAGCAGAGGAGGUGUCUGCAAGGAUAGUUCAAGUAGUCACUGCUGAGGCUGUUGCGGUCCUGAAAGGUGAACAAGAAAAAGAAUCUCAGCAUAAAGACCAGCCUGCACCUCUGCCUCUAGCAGCUGAAGAAACCCCUAAUCUGCCUCCUUCUCCACCUCCGUCACCAGCCUCAGAACAGACUAUCACAGUGGAAGAAGAAACUCUAGAGAGCCGGAAGGCUGAGGAAGCGAGACCUGGCGCUCUCCCUGGGAAGGAGUGUGGGGCUGCUGAGGCCUCAGGCCGCCCCCAGGGCCUCAGUGCGCAGGCGCAGAUAGUUCCUGAAGAGCGCGCCCCCUGGGCGUCCCAUGAGAAAAGUGUCCAAGAGGGCCAGGAGGUGUCUCCAGCAGUAAAAUCCCCUUCCUCUGCGGGGGAAGAUUUACUUACAGCCUCGAAGAUGGAGUUCCAAGAUCAGCAGGAAUUGACUCCCUCUACAGCUGACCUUGUAGACCAGAAGGAAAAAGAGUCAGAGAAACAAAGUAAGCCUGGUGAAGACCUUAAACACGCUGCCUUAGAUGCUCAGCUAGAGACGGCUAUCGCUUAUCCUGAUACAAAGGAUGUGCAAGGCAUGGAAGAAGAAAAGGCACCUCCGGCUUUGUUUGCGCACACUCUCAUUGCCAGCCUGGAAGACAUGACGCAGAAAACAGAACCCAGUCUGGUAGUGCCUGGCAUUGACCUUCCUGCACAGCCUCCCACUCCAAAAGAACAAAAGGACUGGUUCAUUGAAAUGCCAAUGGAAGCAAGAAAGGAUGAGUGGGGUUUAGUUGCUCCAAUAUCUCCUGGCCCCCUGACACCCAUGAGGGAGAAAGACGUAUUUGAGGAUAUCCCCAAAUGGGAAGGCAAACAAUUUGAUUCUCCCAUGCCAAGUCCCUUUCAAGGAGGAAGCUUCACUCUUCCUUUUGAUGUCAUGAAGAAUGAAGUAGUUACAGAAGCAUCACCCUUUGUCCCUGCCUUUUUACAGCCAGAUGACAAAAAAUCUGUGCAAGAAACCAGUGGCCCAGCUACUGCCAAAGAUAGUUCUAAAGUCGAAGAGCCCCAUAAAGAUAAAAUGGCUGAAGCACCAGCCUCAGAGGCAAUUGCUUUACCCAAAGAUGCUCACGUUCCAGUUGUAGAAGAAAGUGUUAUGGAGAAAGUUCUAAGGGAGGAAACAGGGGCCAUAAGUCAAGAGAGUGUGCAGAAAAAAGAUACUCCCAUUGCCAGCGGACUGGAACCUACACCCUCUGAAAAGGAACCUCAGCUGAAGCUUGAAGAAAAAGGAACCCUUUCUGACAAAGACGCUAUGCCAAAGGAGAGUAGACCCCUAACAUUGGCAGAUGAAGAAACAGGCAUAAUCCAGACCUCCACAGAGCAUGCUUACUCAAAAGAACAGAAAAGCCCUGAGCCGCCCAUAGAUACAUUAAAACAAGAUGCAUUCCCUGUAAAUUUGGAGCAAGCAGUUACAGAUUCAGCCAUGACCUCAAAGGCACUGGAGAAAGUCAUGACAGAACCAGCUGCACUAAGUGAAAAAAGUGCAAUCCAGGGACUUUUUGAAGAGAAAGUUGCUGACAAAGAUAGUAGGAUUGAAGGACUCAGUGCGGCAACAUCAGCUGAACUCGACAUGCCGUUUUAUGAAGAUAAAUCAGGAAUGUCCAAGUACUUUGAAACAUCUGCCUUGAAAGAAGAAGUAACAAAAAGCAUUCAGCUGGGCAGUGACUACUAUGAACUGAGUGACACUAGAGAAAGUGCCCCUGCGUCUAUUGAUACCAUAUCCCCCGGGCAUAAAGAUGGUGACAAGGGAUUUCAAGCAGGGAAAGAAUCCCAGCCUAGCACUCCAGCACAAGAAGCAGGGUACAGCACUCUUGCACAGAGUUAUCCCUCUGAUUUACCUGAAGAACCCAGUUCUCCUCAAGAGAGAAUGUUCACCAUCGAUCCAAAAGUGUAUGGGGAGAAAAGAGAUCUCCACAGUAAGAAUAAGGAUGACUUGACACUUAGCAGGAGUUUAGGACUUGGUGGUAGGUCUGCAAUAGAACAGAGAAGCAUGUCAAUCAAUUUGCCCAUGUCUUGCCUGGAUUCUAUAGCCCUUGGAUUUAACUUUGGUCGGGGUCACGAUCUUUCUCCUCUAGCUUCUGAUAUUCUAACCAAUACUAGUGGAAGUAUGGAUGAAGGGGAUGAUUACCUUCCAGCCACCACACCUGCAGUAGAGAAAGGCCCUUGCUUCCCAAUAGAAAGCAAAGAGGAAGAACAGAUAGAAAAAGUAAAAGCUACUGCAGAAGAAACUACUCAAGUGGAGACAACAUGUGAGUCACCAUUCCUAGCCAAAGAUUAUUACAAAAAUGGUACUGUCAUGGCCCCCGACCUGCCUGAAAUGCUAGACCUGGCAGGCACAAGGUCAAGAUUAGCAUCUGUGAGUGCAGAUGCCGAGGUUGCCAGGAGAAAAUCAGUUCCAUCAGAGACUGUGGUUGAGGAGAGUAGUACUGGUUUGCCCCCUGUAACUGAUGAAAACCACAUUGCUGUAAAAACGGACAGUCAGCUUGAAGACCUGGGCUACUGUGUGUUCAAUAAAUACACAGUCCCACUCCCAUCCCCUGUUCAAGACAGUGAAAAUUUAUCAGGCGACAGUGGCUCCUUUUAUGAAGGCACUGAUGAUAAGGCUCGAAGAGAUUUGGCCACGGACCUUUCACUGAUUGAAGUAAAAUUGGCAGCUGCUGGCAGAGUUAAAGAUGAGUUCAGUGUUGACAAAGACGCAUCCCUGCAUAUCUCUGGUGACAAAUUGGGUCUGGGCAGAGAGUUUGACCAAGAGAGGAAAGUUAAUGAUAAACUGGAUACUGUACCAGAAAAGAGUGAAGAACAUGCUGAUUCAAAAGAACAUGGCAAGAAAACAGAAGAAGCUGUCGAUACAGUGGACACAUUUGGAUUAGGAGUAACCUACGAACAAGCUUCAGCCAAAGACCUGACACCAUCAAAAGAUGCACCAUCUGAGAAAGCAGAGAAAAAUCUUAGUGUAGUGCCAGAGGUAGCUGAGGUAGAACCAUCCCAAAAAGAUGAACAAGGACUGGAUUUUGCUGCCAAGAAAACUGCCCAGGGUCCAUUAGAUGUCAAAAUUAGUGACUUUGGACAGAUGGCUUCGGGGCUACACAUAGAGACUGGAAAGGCAACAGAGUUUAAACUCGAGGCCACACAGGACCUGACCCCUUCAUCCAAAGUGCCUCAGGAUGCAGAUGCAUUUAUGGGUCUUGAAUCUGGCCACAUGAAAGAAGGUGCCAAAGGCAUUGAAACCGAAGUCAAAGAGAAGGUGGCCAAGCCCGACUUGGUGCACCAAGAGGCUGUGGACAAGGAAGAGUCCUACGAGUCGAGUGGCGAGCACGAAAGCCUCACCAUGGAGUCCUUGAAACCCGAUGAGGGCAAGAAGGAAACCUCUCCAGAAUCGUCUCUGAUCCAAGAUGAGCUUGCCAUCAAACUGUCCGUAGAGAUCCCUUGUCCCCCUGCCAUCUCCGAGGCUGAUUUAACCACAGAGGAGAAAGCUGACACUCAGAUGGAAUUUAUUCAACUGUCAAAAGAUGAAAGCAAAGAAACCCCAGAUAUAUCUAUCACUCCCUCAGAUGUUACGGAGCCAUUGCUUGGGCCAGUUGUGUCUGAACCCGCAGAGGCUCCGAGUGAGGAAGAAGAGAUAGAAGCCCGGGGAGAAUAUGAUAAACUACUCUUCCGCUCAGACACCCUUCAGAUGACUGACCUGGGUGUCCCUGGUGGCAGGCAGGAAUUUGUGGAGACCUGCCCAGGUGAACACAAAGGAGUGAUCGAGUCUGUUGUGACCAUCGAGGAUGAUUUCAUCACUGUAGUGCAAACCACCACUGACAAAGGGGAGUCGGGCUCCCACAGUGUGCGCUUUGCAGCCCUAGAGCAGCCCGACGUAGAAAGGAGACCGUCCCCUCAUGACAAAGAAGAGCUCGAAGUAGAAGAGGCAGCUGAAGCCCAGGCAGAACCCAAGGAUGGUUCCCCAGAGGCCCCUGCUUCCCCAGAGAGAGAAGAGGUUGCCCUCUCAGAAUAUAAGACAGAAACCUAUGAUGAUUACAAAGACGAGACCACCAUUGAUGACUCCAUCAUGGAUGCUGACAGCCUCUGGGUGGAUACUCAAGAUGAUGAUAGGAGCAUCAUGACAGAGCAGUUAGAAACUAUCCCUAAAGAGGAGAAAGCUGAAAAGGAAGCUCGGAGACCAUCUCUGGAGAAACAUAGAAAAGAAAAGCCUUUUAAAACCGGGAGAGGCAGAAUUUCCACUCCUGAAAGAAAAAUAGCUAAAAAGGAACCUAGCACAGUCUCCAGAGAUGAAGUGAGAAGGAAAAAAGCAGUUUAUAAGAAAGCUGAACUUGCUAAAAAAACAGAAGUUCAGGCCCACUCUCCCUCCAGGAAAUUCAUUUUAAAACCUGCUAUCAAAUAUACUAGACCAACUCAUCUCUCCUGUGUUAAGCGGAAAACCACAGCAGCAGGUGGGGAAUCUGCUCUGGCUCCCAGUGUAUUUAAACAGGCAAAGGACAAAGUCUCCGAUGGAGUAACCAAGAGCCCAGAAAAGCGCUCUUCUCUCCCGAGACCGUCGUCCAUUCUUCCUCCUCGCCGAGGUGUAUCAGGAGACAGAGAUGAGAAUUCCUUCUCUCUCAACAGUUCCUUCUCCUCCUCAGCACGGAGGACCACUCGGUCAGAGCCAAUUCGCAGAGCAGAAAAAAGUGGCACCUCGACGCCCACAACCCCUGGAUCCACGGCCAUCACUCCUGGCACCCCACCAAGUUAUUCUUCACGCACACCAGGCACUCCUGGAACCCCGAGCUAUCCCAGAACCCCUCACACACCAGGAACCCCCAAAUCUGCCAUCUUGGUGCCCACUGAGAAGAAAGUCGCCAUCAUACGCACCCCUCCAAAAUCUCCUGCUACUCCCAAGCAGCUCCGGCUCAUUAACCAGCCACUGCCAGAUCUGAAGAAUGUCAAAUCCAAAAUCGGAUCAACAGACAACAUCAAAUACCAGCCAAAGGGGGGGCAGGUUAAGAUUUUAAACAAGAAGAUCGAUUUUAGCAAAGUUCAGUCCAGAUGUGGUUCCAAGGAUAACAUCAAACAUUCUGCUGGGGGCGGAGAUGUGCAAAUUGUUACCAAGAAAAUAGACCUAAGCCAUGUGACAUCCAAAUGUGGCUCUCUGAAGAACAUCCGCCACAGGCCAGGUGGUGGACGUGUAAAAAUUGAGAGUGUAAAAUUGGAUUUCAAAGAAAAGGCCCAAGCUAAAGUUGGUUCGCUUGAUAAUGCUCACCAUGUACCCGGAGGCGGUAAUGUCAAAAUUGACAGCCAAAAGUUGAACUUCAGAGAGCAUGCCAAGGCCCGUGUGGACCAUGGGGCUGAGAUCAUCACACAGUCCCCAGGCAGAUCCAGCGUGGCGUCGCCCCGACGACUCAGCAAUGUCUCUUCUUCUGGAAGCAUCAACCUGCUCGAAUCUCCUCAGCUCGCCACUUUGGCUGAGGAUGUCACUGCUGCACUUGCUAAGCAGGGCUUGUGAAUAUUUCUCAUUUAGCAUUGAAGUAAUAAUAUUUAGGCAUGAGCUCUUGGCAGGAGUGGGCUCUGAGCAGGUGUUAUUCUCAUUCUUUGAAAACCAUAAAAUAAAUAAUCUCAUCCCCAAACUGUAGUCAUUGUUACAAUUUUAUAUUUAAAAAAUGAAUAGUAUAUGCAGAAAUUGACCUGAUUUCCAUUUGCAACAGGAAGACACUGGCUUUACAUGGGUACAAUUGGACAAUUAUUUUUGCUCUGCUCUGUUUUGCAUGAGUAUUAUUACUUUUUUAAAAAAUUGCAUUUUUACCUUUCAUGUGCCUGAAGGCUCUCCACUACAUUCUGAAAGGCCUUGUUAAAAUCCAAGCUGCUCAUUUCACUAUUCUGUUUCUGAGUGAGACAAUAAAAACUGCCCAUUGUGACUUAUUACAGGUUAAAUUAAAUCAAGGAGUCUGAUUGCAGGAAGGGAAGCGCAUGUAAGAAAUAAGUUUUUUUAAGUGUUAUUUUGUAUAAAUGGGAAGAAAGAUUCGAUUAAGUUAUUAACAUUUGGGACCUGGAUAAUUAUAUCAGAGUAUGUCAACCCAAGAAAUUAUUUAACUAAUUAAAAAAAUAGUUACAAAGCAUUUGAGCUGUGGUUGAGGAAGUGGUAUAAAAGUGCAUCUCGUAGAAAGGAUGCACUUUCAUUAGGAUGGACUUGUGUCUGAUUAGAAUGUCAGGUGAUUGGCUAGAUUUGUGUCCAUACUAACAGUUUCACACCCCCUUUUCAUCUGUUUGAUACAGUAUUAUAGAUAUAAAUAUAUAUAUAUAUUUCUCUGUGGCCAUUUGUGAUACUUCCUCAUAUACUUGAAUAUUAUACUUCUUUAUUCACAGUAUCUGUGUCUCCUGCACCUUUGGUGUUGCAAUUUUAGAUAUGUGAAAGUAGAUGUUAGCAGGGUUCUCUCCCUACUUAAAAAAAAAAAUUAAAAAGACAAAAAAUUUUAGCAUGAAGUUGCUUUCUAUCACAACUCAAAGCUGUAACCCUGUUUUAGUGCCAGAUACAAGUCUCUCCCGUAAUGCUAGAAAAAAAUUAUUUUUCUCUGCUUUCACCAACAUGGAGUUUGUGGGGGUGGGUCCAGUUAUACAUGAAAGGGUUUACAGAUUGUUGGUUCAAGAUUAUGAAUUUAUCUCAUUUUUAAUCACAGAAGAGUUCUGGUUUUCUUCCUAUAAUUAUUCAUGAACCCAACAAGAUUUUUUUCUUUUUCUUCUUCUUUUUUUUUUUUUUUCCAUUUGCUAAAGUUGAAACUAACAGUGGUCGUCUGGAAUAUGUUUUCUUAUUUUUUUCCAAAUGGUAUCUAUUUGUUAAACUCUCUAAUAGAAGACACUUGGCUUUCUUACCCAAACUAAAGAUCCCUUGAACAAAAAGAAAAAAACACAAUAUUUUGUGAAACUCUAACUACAAAACAUUUGAGACACAGAUAUCUAAAUCAGUUUUUUUUCAAGACUCUAAAAUUGUGCUCUGUAAAGGAACGCAGUGUGACUUAGUAUAUUUAUCAGUAGAUGAUAUUGUUCUGACUUUAUAUAUAAUCUUAAAAUCAGAAGGCAAUUAAUUAAUUCGUCUCACAAAUCAUUCAUCUCAGACUUACAAUAAGCAAUGACAUAGUCAAUGGCCUGAAUAGGGCAAAAAGCUACCAGGCUGGUUGGGCAUUUUUUAGUGUUUUAUCUGUUCUUUUUCUUGCUCAGGGCUGGUAGGCUAGACAUGAAUGAUUACAGACAAAUUGUCUGCUAGGUGUUUGAUUUCUUUGAGCCAUAUCAAUUCCCAAAUAUAAAGAAGGAAAUGAUGAGCAUGGACUGAGGCAACGAGGCAGUAUAGGAGCAUCUAAGAAAACAGCCAAGGUAUGUAAAGACAGAGAGACACAGCUGCCAUACUGUGACCCUGUGGAUCUGGCAACGUGUCAUUGCUGCAAGAGAAACCUAGGAGCAAACCCACACCUUUCAUUCUCAGCUAAGAGAUUUUACACAGGCAAACAGUCUUAAACCACUUAUCAAUUAGUUAUUUUAUAUGACAGUCAAAAACUUAGAAGCUACUGAGUGUAACCAUGAAUGUGUCUAUUUUCCGCCUAGUAACUGCUGUGAAGUUCAAUUAGACCAAUCUGGGCAAUUUAUUCAUCCACUUCCUUUGAAAUGCUCCAGAAAAUAAGAGAAGAAGAAAUGGUUGUGUGGAGACUUAUGGUACUUGAUAGCAUGUUUUGAUAGUGCUAGAUAGUGAUUAAAGUUCUCCAGAAAGAAGUUAACAGCUGGUUAGAAACGUUUUAACCUAUGAAGCAAGAAUUUUUUUCACCUUUGUUUAAAUUUUUUAAUAAAAGUUAGGACUAAGUAAACCUGCUCUACAUAAUAAAAUUUGGUUUCUUACAAACGUCCAAAAUAAAGAUUAUAGAAGGCACUAAAUUAUUAGAUUCGAUAUUAAAACAAAUGUCUGUUUUGAAUUACAACAAAAUUAUAAUUCAUAAAUGUUCUUGCUUUGUGUGGAAACGCAAUUUUUUUUAUAAAAUUAGCAAAAGGAACUGAUCAUUUAUACCGGUUAAAGAGAAACACACAGGCUAAAUGUCUUCUUGUGGGGAGAAGGGGGAAAGCCCAUCUUGCACUCUCAAGAUAACGACUCAAAUUAAGCUUUCUGAGCACCACUCUUGUGGGGACACACAUGCGCUGAUCUAGAAUUGAAAUUUCUAUGGUCUCAGCUCUAGAUCUACUUUUGCCAGUUUCUCUCUGGCUUUAGCCUUUGAGAACCUGUUUAAGGAUACAUAAGUAAUCCAGAGUUCUGAAGAGUUAAAAGGCCAACUUCUCCAGGGAGCUCUCUGGGUCACCUGCAACCAAAAAUUGGACACCUUACAAUGAUGCAGGAAAGACCCAACUUCAUGAUGAGUUUCAAAGGCCAUGUUCAUUUAGGAACCAACUCUCUCUGGAUUCACCUGCUGAAUUCCAGCAGGGUGGUGGGCUGAAGUCCUACCUCCAAGCAUGACACCUGUGUAACACCAGCCAGGCAUGGCAGAAGGCUAAAGCAAGGAUGGUAUUAAAUAGAAGAAUGUACCAAUUCUCCACACAUACAGAUAGUAAAACAGCAGGCCUGGAAUAAUCAGACAAAAUAUAACAUAAUAUUUUAUUAAAGAAAUAAUCUGUGCUCAAUUCUGAUACAGCUGCAACUAUAAUUUUUCUAUUUUUCGUGCCAUAAAAAGGAAAAUAAACUAUUCGUGGCCUAAGUAGCAAAGAUAAAGUAGAUUCAUGGGUUGGGAAAGCAAAUUCUAGGCAUUCCUUCGAAGACUAAUGUGCUAAAAACAACACUGAUGUUUGUUUCUUCACACCCAGGAUUUUUAGCCUGUGUGUGUAGGUGGAGGCCAAGUCCCUCUGCAGGAAAAAGCUUAUUUUCAAACUCAGAAAAUGUCAAUCAUAGAAAUCCAUUUCAACUUUAGCAAAAAGAAAAAAAAAUCAACAAAAAGUAUACUCUGUAUGCUGGGAUUCCAAGGUUCUAACACACCGUUAUAAAUCUGUGGGGGGUUUCUUUCUUCUAAUAAUUCUAGAGCCUGUUACCAUAGAAAGGCGUUUCUUCGAUGGCUGGUUGUAGUUAGUUCAUGUUUUUCAAUCAAAUUUGCAAAUGUAUUUGUUGCUGUAUAGUGAUUGUUUUGCAAAAUAAAAUUGCUUGUCACCUAA